ACCCAACUUCUUUCUCCCACUUCCUCGGUGUUUACUGCUCCAAAAAUCAGAAAAAAUUAGUAAUUUCCUUUUCUUAAGAAAAUUACUUUCCUCCUAUGGCCUAAACCCUAACGCCAUCCCCUUAACCGUUCCCCUGAUUCCCAAGGAUGGUUUUCUGUUCUAGUUGUUCCAGAAACGUUGCUGGAGAACGCUUCAAUGAAGGUGUUCUGUGUUGUAAUUUUUGCGGGAAGGUAUUGGAAGAAUACAAUUAUGCAACCGAACCUCAAUUUGUUAAAGAUUCAGCUGGCCAGAGCAAACUGUCUGGAAAUUUUGUAAAGUCCGUUCAAGAUAUUUCAGAUUCACGUAGACGUACAUUGGAUAAAGCUUUUGAUAAUAUAAACAGUCUGAGGAUUUCAUUACAUAUUGACGAUUAUAGUGAUGAAGUUGUUGGAAUUGCGAGACGCUUUUAUGAAAUUGGCCUUGAACGGAAUUUCACUAGGGGGCGCAGAUCAGAGCUAGUAGAGGCCACAUGUCUUUAUCUUGCUUGUCGGCAAAGGAGAAAGCCGUUCCUUCUUAUUGAUUUUUCAAAUUCUAUAAAUGUAAACGUUUAUGAGCUUGGAUCUGUAUAUCUCCAGCUUUGCUAUGUGCUGUACCUUGCUGACAUGAAAGAUCUUCCUAAACUAGUUGAUCCUUCAAUUUUUAUUCAUAAAUUUACAAAUACUUUGAUUCCAGAAGGGAAUGAAGAAGUUGUUAAAACAGUACGGGACAUUUUAGCUAGUAUGAAACGGGACUGGAUGCAGACAGGGAGAAAACCCAGUGGUUUAUGUGGUGCAGCACUGUACGUUUCUGCACUUUCACAUGGUGUGAAGGUUUCUAAGUCAAAAAUUAUAGAGGUUGUUCACAUUUGUGAAGCAACAUUGUCAAAGCGGUUGAUUGAAUUUGAGAAUACUGAUUCUGGUGCCUUAACGAUGGAGGAGUUUACAGAAAAGGAGAGGGAUCUUCGAACUGGUUCAUUAACUAAAAAACAGCCAAUUACUGGGUCAAAAGAAACAAGCUUAGAUGAAGUUCUAUGUAGGCAUACGGAGAGCAAACCUUUUGCCUAUGGACUUUGUAAUGAUUGUUAUGAAGAGUUCAUGAAGUUUUCAGGAGGGCUUGAAGGAGGAUCAGAUCCACCUGCAUUCCAGCGUGCUGAGAAAGAGAGAAUGGCUAAAUUAGCUAUUGAGGAAAAUUCUACUAGUGUAUCUAGCAGCACUUUUGCGAGUGGAUAUGAAAAACCUCAAAUUAGUGGGCUUUUAGAGUAUGCAACUAACAAGGCAACUAUUGACGAUGGUGACAAUAAUAAAUUACCUGGAGUUGAUGCUAGUGAUGAUGAACCAGAUAACUUUUCUCAUAUUGAUGAUUUUGAGGUUGAUGGUUAUCUUCACAACGAGGAGGAAAAGCAUUUCAAAAAGAUCAUUUGGGAAGAAAUGAACCAGGAAUAUCUUGAGGAACAAGCAGCCAAGGAAGCAGCCGCAGCAGCUGCUAACGAGGCUUUAAUGGCCAAGUAUGGUAAAUGCCCAAAGGACCUCCAAGCUGCACAGGAGCUUGCUGAAGCCGCUGCUGAAGUAGUGGUAAAAUCUAGAAAGGAGAGGCAACAAAAGCGAGCUGCUGACGAAAAAAAUGCAGGUCCUCCUCAGACUGCUGCUGAAGCAACCCGGCGAAUGCUGGUCAAGAAGAGGCUAAGCUCAAAAAUAAACUAUGAUGCAUUGGAGAAACUCUUCGAUGAUCCGGUGACUGUAGAGAAACCCAAGAAACAAAGACUUGAAUCAAAGUUUGAGGAGAAGGCUUCCAAAAUUGGCAAAGAAGAAGGUGAUUUGGCAGAUGAAUAUAAUGGCGAUGAUUAUGAUGGAUAUUGAAUCAUUACAUACUCCGAGAGAUUUGAAGCCUUUGAACAAAAGAUGCUUAUGGCAUUAGUAAAAAGGGAGUUAAAAAUGUUGUAGUAAGUAGUGUUCCCUUAUCGUGUAUAUUGUGUUUGUAGAUGCUCGAUUUGUCCGGGGCCAAGUCGGAGCAAGCCCGGACCAAUGGAUUGGUUGGUUGUAGCUGUCUAACCAUGCAACUGCUUUGAUGUACUGCAAUCAGAGAAAAAAGGAUUUUCAGCCAUGUAUGAUAACUGGUCAGUUAUCAGCAGUUAACUAAAACAAUUGAGGGAGCAGUUUGUAGAGAGUGGGGGGGUUUUAAUUUUGAUUUAACCACCAGAAGCAUAAGAAAAAA